AUGGAUCAAGAAACAGUAUAUGGAACCCAUGAGGAUAAUCAUGUGGUGAUGUCUGAAAAAGUUCAGUCAUUAGCUGGAAGUAUUUAUCAAGAAUUUGAAAGGAUGAUAGCUCGAUAUGAUGAAGAUGUUGUAAAAGAGUUGAUGCCAUUACUAGUCAAUGUAUUAGAGUGUUUAGAUAUAGCGUAUACUGAAAAUCAAGAGCAUGAAGUUGAAUUGGAAUUAUUAAGAGAAGACAAUGAACAAUUAGUCACUCAGUAUGAACGAGAAAAACAGCUACGAAAAGCAUCGGAUCAGAAACUGUUGGAGCUCGAAGAUGUUGCUGAAGAUGAACGAAAGGAGUUGCUAUCGAAGAUUGAUAGUUUGGAAUCAAUACUAAAAAUGUUGGAGCUCAAGACUAAAAAUUCACAUGAUCAUGUUGUUCGCUUGGAAGAAAAGGAAGCUGAAUUAAAACGUGAAUAUUCACGUUUACAUGAUCGAUAUACGGAACUAUUCAAAACCCACGUCGAUUAUAUGGAACGAACAAAAAUGUUAGUCGGUAGCUCGGAAAGACUGGAAAAUUCAACAAAUAAUCGUGGUCCAAAUAGAUUACCUGGGCUUAAUUUAGCUCAUAUGUCACGAAGCUCUGGACCUUUAAGUUAUGGAUUUCAGAGUUUAGAAGGUAGUAUGAAUGCUGAAGAUAUACAGGAAGAAAGUCCCACACAAGGUGCUAGUUUAAAAUCUGAAAUGCAAGACAGUAGUAGUGAGGUGGUCAUCGAAACUUCAGAUAAAAGUCAACUGACGGAUAAUCCAACUCAAGAUAAUCAAGAACCGAGUUUAUCACGACCAUACAUUGACGAAAGUCCAGAAACUGAUGUUCCACCUCCUGCAAUAACAACUCCAACAACCCCAAUUAUAGAUAAGCAAGUAAGUACUCCUAGUGGACGAAGUCGAACUGAACGAGAGCAACGUAGUGGUAAUACGCUGUAUCAAGAGCUCAGUUUUCAAGAUGCUGACGCUUUAGGAGAAAUGGACGAAGGUGCAGACAUUACUGGCAGUUGGGUUCAUCCAGGGGAGUAUGCAUCAUCGGGAAUGGGAAAAGAAGUUGAAAAUCUUAUUAUGGAAAAUAAUGAACUCUUAGCGACAAAGAAUGCUUUGAAUAUUGUAAAAGACGAUUUGAUAGUAAAAGUAGACGAAUUGACAAGUGAACAAGAAAUUUUACGUGACGAAAUAAGAGUUCAUCAGCAAGCUCGUGAACGACUACGCCAAAAAAUAACGACAUUAGAAGAAGAAUUGAAGAAAGUUAAAGAGGAAGCUGAAGCUGCUGCAAAAGCGACCAAAAGUGACGAUGAAGAAGACGUCCCAUUAGCACAAAGGAAAAGAUUCACCCGAGUUGAAAUGGCGAGAGUACUUAUGGAAAGAAAUCAAUAUAAAGAACGAUUUAUGGAGCUUCAGGAAGCCGUUAGAUGGACUGAAAUGAUUCGAGCUAGCAAAACAGACCCAGCUAGUAUUUCUGGUGGAAAACAAUCUGUUUGGAAGUUUUUUAGUAAUCUCUUUACCGGACCAGCUGAUCGGGGGUCUUUACAUCGAAAUCCUCAUGCAUUACCUCAUAUUCGAUAUAGCGCUCCAACUAAUCAAGUUGUACCAGCUCCACCAUUAGAUGCAAUGCGUAGACGUACACUAAAAAAUCGUCAUGAGAUUUUUGACCAAGGAGAUACAAUUAGACAUUUCAGCUCAUCAGAAAAACGAGUGGCCAGACUUGCAAACGAAAGGAAAGAACAAUAUCGACAAGUUAGGGCACACGUGAGAAAAGAAGAUGGCCGAUUGCAAGCUUAUGGAUGGAGUUUGCCUGGAAAACCUAGUGCACCUGCUAGACAGCCAGUUCCAGUUCCUGUUUAUUGUCGUCCACUUCAAGAAACUGAACCGGGAAUGAAGAUAUGGUGUGGGGCUGGAGUUAACUUAAGUGGUGGCAAAACCCGUGAUGGUGGAUUAGCUGUCGGUGGAAGUGUUUUUUAUGCUGACGAAGCUAAAGAAACAUCAGUAGUAAAAGGAGAAGUUGAGGAUGCUGUUGAACAUCUGGACAAAGAAUUACAGGAAUCUGAACAACGUCGCUUGGAAGCUGAACACCAAGAUCAACAAUUAAGUUCUCUUGUAUGGAUCUGCACUUCAACUCAAAAAAUGUCCAAAGUAUCUGUGAUAGAUGCUAAUAAUCCAGCAGAUAUUUUACAAGUGUUUAAUGUUUGUCAGAGUCAUUUGCUCUGCAUUGCAAGUGUACCUGGUGCCAAACAAAGCGAUUAUAUUCAUAAUACAGAUGACUGUUCACCUCGAACAAUGAAUGGAAUGGGUGAAAUAGAUCUUGGUAAUCUUCAAAAUGUCAAUCAUAACAGUGAUAAUUUAAUUAUUGGAGAAGCUACAACGAAUAGUGACACUAAAAACUGUCAGAAAACAGAAGACUUUAUUGAUCGCAGCCAAGCAACCUCUGAAGGACCUAGUUCUUUGGAAGAAAAACCAAGCGAUGAUUCCGAAAAAAUUACUGACAUUGAUCAUAGUUUAAAUACUGAACCUCAAAGUUUAGAAGCAACUGAUGGUGAAUCAGUACUUAUAGGUAAAAUACAUUUUGUUCAAAGUAGUAUUGACAAUCCGUCAAUUAAAAAAGAAAUAGAUUCAAACGUACCGAAAGCCAACGUUGAUAGUGAUACAACUAUUGAAAAAAUGUCAUCAAUCCAACCUACUAUGUGGUUAGGAGCUCAAAACGGAGCUAUUUAUGUUCACUCAGCAGUUGCUCAAUGGUCUGUCUGUUUGCAUACAGUAAUGCUCAAGGAUGCAGUGUUGGGAAUAGUUCACAUACAAGGUAGAGUGCUAGUAGCUCUUGCUGAUGGAACAGUGGUAAUAUUUCGACGAGGAUCUGAUGGGCAAUGGGAUUUAUCCAAAUAUCAUGUUAUAACUUUAGGAAGUCCACAGCAUGCAAUUAGAUGCAUGACAUCUGUAUCAGGAAAAACAGUUUGGUGUGGAUAUAGAAAUAAAAUUCAUGUAAUUGAUCCAGUUCUCAUGACUCUCGAGUGUACCGUUGACGCACACCCAAGACGAGAAUCACAAGUCCGACAAUUAGCUUGGCUUGGUGAAGGGGUCUGGGUUAGCAUCAGAUUAGACUCUACAUUAAGAUUAUAUCAUGCUCAUACGUAUCAACAUCUUCAAGACGUAGACAUUGAACCGUAUGUCAGUAAAAUGCUUGGUACUGGAAAACUUGGUUUUUCUUUUGUUAGAAUCACCGCAUUGCUUAUUUCCUCUAACCGACUGUGGAUUGGAACGGGCAAUGGUGUAAUCAUAUCUGUACCAUUAUCUGAAAGUGCUGGAGGAUCUUUAGCAGUAUCUAGAGUACAAAGUGUGGCAAGUAAAAAUGAUGCGCCUGGAGUUGGAGUAAGAGUAUUCGCGUCAGAGCACGGGGUAACACCAGGCAGUUUUGUACCAUAUUGCAGUAUGGCACAUGCUCAACUCAGCUUCCAUGGACAUCGAGACGCGGUCAAAAUGUUUGUCGCUGUCCCUGGACAUGGAGGUCAAAGUGCUGUUUCAGAUGGUUCUCAACCAGCGAUGUUAGUUUUAUCAGGUGGAGAAGGCUACAUUGAUUUUCGUGUUGGUGAUGGUGAUGAAACUGAAGAAGGUUUGGAGCGUACAAAUGUUACAGUCGCUAGUCAUGAAGAACACAGUGAACAAAGUCAUCUUAUUGUUUGGCAAGUUCAAUCGCCUAUUCAAAUAAAUGGCUAA